CCGUCUCGAGACGUCGCAGGCGCACCACGCGCCGCAUCGCACUUAUUAUACUAACCGCCGGCGCUACCAUUUCUCUAGAUGCAAAAACGCUACCGGCUUACGAGUUACAGCUAGCAGUAUCUCGUACUGACAGUUGCUUUCAAACUUUUUUUAAGUUAUUGUGGAAGUGAAAAAUUGCAUUUUUUGUUAUAUUUAGUGAGCAUUGUUUACGUAGAGCAGACUAGUCGAAGGUUUUUUAGCAUCAGUAAGGUAAUCGGGGCAGAUAGCUUUAACGGUUGGCUCCGCGCUCGAGUGCGGCACACCGCAACCAUGACGGGCGGCGGCGAAUGCGCGCUGCUGCUGCUUUUGCUGGUCCAGAGUGUGUUCACGCAAGAUUACGAUGUAACAGACAUCCAAUGCACAUUUUCGAGUGGAGGAACAGGCAUAAGAGACUCUGUGUCGGCACUUCUGCGCAAACCCGAAGGUUUUCGAGGGGCUCCAUUGUUUGCCGACGAUCGUGCUACAGACCCUGUCGUAGACCCCGUCUGCCAGAUCAGGCCAGAACCAGAAGACCCUACUGGGCUGCUGUAUAGAUUGCGAAUCACUGACUUUACAAGAUGUGGUGUCUUAAAAAGAAAUGGCUUCGUGCAUGUCCGUGUAUGGUUCCCGCAAUUCCCUGGCGUAGUAAUGCAGUCAGACCAGGAACUCAUCAUCAUGUGCAAGCCACCUGAGCCGACCAUCAUCGAAAACAAGGCUGCUGGAUUUGCAGGCAGCUUUCCCCACGGCGCUCGAGUCUCGGGCGUAGUAGAAGAGACCCCAGGACGUCUAGAAUAUGAAGUGGCCCUCUACAAAGAAGCGCCGCCUGUUUCGCGCCACUCCAACCAUUCCGUUGAUUUGCCCGUCGAUCAGGUAACUGCUGCAGUUCCGAUAGGAACAAAAUUGCAGCUUCGUGCACGCAUCAACCCAGAGUCAGCUUGGCGGCAUAUUAAGCUUCUGGAAGUUGCAGUCUCUCCUGAUCCUGAUAGGCCUCAUGCUCCAGGAGCAGUUCUACUUGUGAAAGAUGGAUGCAGAAAUCGCGACUUUGCCUCAAUCAUACCACACCAGCCUGCUCGUUACCGUGAGCGUCAUAAUGAAGUCUUCUUGGAUUUCGAAGCAUUCCUUUUAGCCUCUAUGAAAGAAAGAUCUACUCUUUGGAUCCACUCGCAAAUCAAAGCGUGUAUGGAAGCUGCUGAUUGCCAACCCGAUUAUUGCUUGGACUUGUUUGAGCCUUCAGGUCAUGGCCGUCGCAGAAGAGCAAUACCUGAAGCGUCUCUCGCUCGCAACGUGAGCAGUGCAGAACUAAUCGCCGAGAACCAUUCAACUCCGUUCACGAGAUUCAAAGAGAACCUAGAAUACACGGUAGUGAUGCCAGGAGAACUAUUUCAUCGAACGCCGUUGGAAGCGACAUGUGCGACAUCUAUGAUGAUUGCAGUUGCUCUUGGAACACUGCUUUUUAUGUCUGCACUCCUAAUGUGUUAUUUAGCAACAAAACUGAACUCUACGAUACUCAAGCACAACAGUUUACAUGCACCUUCUGGAAAGGGUUUCGAACAAAUCCUUCGAGAGCUAGCGCAACAUUCACUCCCUGACACAGGCUACACCGGCCGCCCCACCGUGCAAUGAUCGUCCUACCAGUAUUCACAAUUUACAUAGUUUUAAUAACACGUAAGACUUCUCUGUGUAAUUAUUCUACAUUUUUGUAACUACGUUAAUAACCUCAUUGACUGUACUGCAUUGUAUUGGUAGUUUUAAAGACAUAAGUAUAAAAAUUAAUUUUGCUGACGC